UUAUGGGUACUGUUGAUGUAGACGAGGAAUGUUGUCCUAUAUUUGGGAGAUAGGUAGCUGAUCUCAGUGCAAAAAUGAAUUUAAGUCAGUUGAAAAAUUCUUUAAUUAGGCGAAGCGGCCGGCAAAAUGUAAACAAAACUCCCGGGUGCUGUGAAGUGCAAGAAGAGGAAAAUGGCGAAUCACAGAUAUCUGCUCUAAAAUGUUCAAAGACUGACUCGUCUGUGAUAAAGGAGAGUGCGCGGUGUCAGUGCAAGAAUAAUGCUUCAAACGAUAAGCCGAGUAUAUUGAAAAGCUUUAAGAAAAAAUUUCGCUUAAAGUCUAGUGUUGGAAGGACGGUGAAAAGUAAGCCUAAGCAAGCAGUUCGAGGCAUAGAUCCAUCUACACUUUAUGCUCGUAGUUUACACGAUUCUUCAACUAGUGAUGAGUGUGUGUCGGAUAAAGUGGAUCCUCUGCGUGUUGUAGGAGGAUUGAAUCAUAUACAAGUAGUGACGAAUAAUGGAAUUCCACAGCAGUGCGAGUCGAGUGCCUCCCAGACGUCAACACAACAAGCUAGCCAGUGGGGAGGAAGUUCUGUUUGUCCCUUAGUCAAGAAACUUACAUCACAAGACAACGAUGAUUGUUCAGCCGACGGAGAUGACCAUUCUGGAGGGUCGGGAACUGACACUGGACAACAGCAACAGCUUAUACUGAGAUUGGAGAAUGAGAAUGGUACUCAGAGCGAAACUGAAACGGAAAGUGAGAGCUUGGCUAGCCCUCGUAGUCUAACAGGUGAGCUGUUCGAGCUGGCAAAGUACGGCUGGUACUGGGGCCCAAUUACACGAGAAGAGGCAGAAGAAAAGCUAUUGGAUGCACCUGAUGGUUCGUUCCUUGUUAGAGAUUCGUCUGCAGACCGCUACUUGCUAAGUGUCAGUUUCCGCAGUGCAGGCAAGACGUUUCAUGCCAGAAUUGAGCACAGCCAUGGAGUAUUUAGUUUCUACGCAAAUCCUGGACGUGAAGGGUUUCCAAGUAUCUCUGAACUAAUUGCACAUUCUAUGACAUAUUCAGAAUCAGCUGUUUUCUGUUAUUCUCGCCCUCGUGCUCCAGGAUACCCUGCAUUUCCUGUUCGCUUGGUGAAGCCUGUAUCUCGCUUCACGCAAGUGCGAUCUCUUCAGUACCUCUGCAGGUUCGUUAUAAGACAGUACACCAGGGUUGACAAUAUACAGAAACUACCCCUGCCUAGGAGACUGUUAAGUUAUGUGCAGGAAGGACAUUAUUGACACCUGCUGACUUUGUGUCAUCUCUUUGGGGUUGAACUUUAUUAUGUGGUUGAUAGCACUUCUGUAAUUUUUUUUGUGUUCCCAUAUUUAACGACUGACUUUUGUACAGUUAUUGUUGUAUUACAUGUUGUAUUUUCCUUUAAUGUCGAUGACUAAAGGCAAAAAUCAGACUAAAUUCCUGUGUAUAAAACAUUGUUGCAAUUGAAAAUUUUUAAUGCCCUGCUAAUUUUGAAGACAAUAGAAAUUAAAUGGGUGAAGCUUUAUUUCAUUCCUUGCAACAGAGCAGUGGAAGAGUUUUCAUACAGUAAUGAAUUCACGAAUUUAGUGUGUGAAAAUUAUGCAAUGGAUAUUAAAUUUGUAUUUGUUAGUAGUUGCUGGAAGCUUGUGCUAGAGUUGGACUCAUUGCAGAUCUACAGCCAACGCAGCUUAAGUUUGCCUGUUUAAAUCCCAUAUCAUUGCGCUGCUUAAGUCACAGCAAGUUAAUUUUUCCUGUGAUGAGUUUAAUAUUUUCCAAGUAUUCUGCAUUUUCACAGGUGCAUUUUUUGUUCAACAUUUCAGUGUGAACUGGUCUGUAAAUGUUGGUAACUAUACAUCUUGAGUCAUAGAAAAAUUGAAGCACAUUUAUGCUAUGGUGUUCAAACCAUAAAAAAUGUGUAAGUACUGGGUAAUCUGUUUCCUUCCAAAGCACAUUUUGCUACACAGGAUGUAUCAGAAUCAUGUGAAAUAUAGUGAUUUCUGUAUACAAAGAUGUAUUUUAAAAUUGGGAAUUCUGUUCCUAUGUUUCUGACAUACUGAUAUUGCAAGCAAGAUAUUUGUAAACAUCAGUCAGACGCAGUACUAUAUGAAUAUUUGCAAAUAAUACCCAUCCUUCUAUCAUGACUAUUUAUAUCUGUUUUAUCAUUGGUUGCAGUAACAUCUACACUUGAGGGUGUUUGAGAGAGAAGUACGUGAGAAUAAUAUGAGCCCGUUAUGAUUUCAUGCAUUAUUUGUAAUGGGUUUGAUGUUUUACAUGUGUAACUUUCAUUCACAGUAUAGGGUUCUUCGCAUGGUACAGGAAAUGAUUUGGCAAUUUUCCCUUUCCAGAUUUUUGUAUACAUAUCACUCAUAAUUCAGUUUAUAUUGAGUGACACUUUGGGCAUCACUUACUUUAAUACAGAUGUAGGCCCUGCUGUCAUGGAAUUAGGUAUUUUUUACUGUUUCACUCUUCUCCUCCCCUCCCCCCCAAAAAAGGGAAGGAUGGACGAAUAUUGGUUUGAAUUUGCAUUAUGACGGUUAGGUUGUGCGUAUAAUUUUAGAAGACCAGGACUGCCGGAUAGUAAUUGAAGAUUAAAGAUAUUAGUCUAGAAGUUUGUACAGUGACUGAGUAAAGGAAGGAAUAGUGGAGGCUCAACAGAUUCUAAUUUUAUUCAUACUAAAGCUACAGUUAUUUACCAGUUUUUGUGCACACCCAAGCAUAGUUGGUGUUAUGUGUAAAUUAUACCCCUAAUUUUGUGGAAUCUCCACCUUCCCCCUCAUACCUCUACCCCUCCCCCCUUCUUACUCACACACACAAAAUUUAAAAUGCUACACUAUUAAUUAAAAUCGCAACCAAAUUGUGACACAUAGCUAAUCCCAAUUUGAUACCGACUUGUAGAUUCGAUUAGUGAAAUGCACAUCAAAAUGUUAUACUUUAUGUGAUAUGCUUAAUAAAUAAUGUAAUUUGUGAUAAGAUUUGUCCAUGAAAUUACAACUUAAGUAAGAAAAUUGUGUAAUUUUUUGAUCUCACUUCUGUUACCAGAAAAGUUGAAUAAGUGAAAUAUUUGCCAGCUGUCUUUAUUAUCUGUUUAAGAAUUUAAACAGAUAUUUAUAUUCUAAUCAAGAGUGUUUUGAGAAAUUUAGUAUGUACCAUCCUUCCCUAUAUAUGCUACAGAACAUUGGAUUGUUGACAGCUGUGUAAGAAUAUGCGUAACAUUAAUAGAGAGCAAGUUUGCAGAUUUGUGAAAAUAAAGGAAGAAACACAAAUGCAUCAAAUUGCUUCUGUGUAAUGGAACUGUGUUGCAUUAUUGUGUAAUACCAGUUGUGCCUGUGCCCAUAUAAGACUUUUAUUGUAUGAACAUAUAGUGUAGAGCGUGGUUUGUUACACUAUUUAGAGUUAUGACUGAAGUAGUCAGUUCUAUCACGUAUGCUGUUGAAGUAUUUUUGAUACUUUUAUGUUUUCAGAUUAAACAUAAGAAAUAAGAAAGCUUUGAGAAAAAACUUAAAGUACCGUAAGUGAAUGCAGACUAUCAGAAAUAUUGGCUUCUUUCUCAUCAUUUGUGGUUAAUAUUGUUGACAAAAUAAUGGUUUUUUUGUGUGUAUGUCUGUGGUCGUAUAGAAAGAUCCUAUUAAUUUGCUUAGUAAUGGAUAAUUUGGUUUUCUAAAUAUGCUGUCAGUGUGGGAUUAGUUUGACCAAACUGGAAACUUCAAGCUGAGUGUGAGACCAGAAGUAAAUGAUAAAUCUGACAGAACAGUUACAAACUAAAUGCUAAACAACGAAGCUUUUAUAUUAUGUUUACAAGUAGACAGAACAGCUUGGAACAAAACACAGUUCAGUGAACUGUGAAGACUUGUGUUAAUGUCUUGGGAAACAAUAUUCACUGAAUAUUCUGGACAGUUAUGUAAGCUGUUGAUGUGCCUUUCUAUCUCUGGGAAAAAUCCCUUAGUGUAAGCUGAGUGUUAACUAGUUGUAUAUGAAUGUACAACUGCAUUGAUAGCUUUAAUCUCAACUAUCCCUCUGUUGUUUGUAGAUGUGAGAAGAAAAUUAUUUAUGAUUAGUAUCUAUUCCCUUGUUGACACACCAUGUCCUACAGUCUAACAUA